ACAAUCUGCCUCACAAUGUCUUCUUCCUCCUUGUGCACGCUGCAAGAAAGCGGUGCCAAAAUCAACCAGGAGCUCUACCACAAGUUCACCAACAUGGUGUCCUCCUUUCCGUGCUCCCCGGCUCUCACCAGGCACCCGCUCUACCGCCAUGACAGUGGCUGGUAUGCCCCCCUGGCACCAAUGGUCUCCACAAUGGUCGCAGACGCAUGCUUCUCGGCGCGUCCCUCGGACAUCGUCAUUGCCACAAUGCCGAAGUCCGGCACAACGUGGAUAAAAGCAAUGCUUUACUCCACGGUGCACAGAAGGGAGCACCCCGCAGACGGCCCCGACCACCCGCUCAACUCACUCGGCCCACAUGAGUGCGUCAAGCUCCUGGAGUACCAGCUCUACAUACGGAACAGGAUCCCGAACCUCGACGGGCUUCCUGACCCUAGGCUCUUCGCUGCGCAUGCCCCGUUGGUGUCGCUGCCAAGGUCUGUCCUGACGAUGGGCUGCAAAAUCGUGUACGUGUGCCGUGACCCCAAGGACGCCUUGAUCUCACACUGGAACUUCGUGAACAAGUUCAGGGCCAGGGACGGGUUGGAGGCGCUCUCAGUUGAGACCGCCGCCGAUUUUUUCUGUGAUGGUGUGACGUUGUUCGGGCCGUACUGGGACCAUGUCCUCGGAUACUGGCGGGCUCAUCAGGCGCACCCUCAGAAGGUUCUCUUCUUCAGGUACGAAGAGAUGAUUGGGGACCCUGCGGCACACGUGCGGAAGCUGGCGCAAUUCGUUGGCCGCCCGUUCUGCAUGGAGGAGGAAGAGGCUGGCGCGGUAGAAGCCAUCGUAAGGUUGUGCUCGUUUGAGCACAUGACUGGGCUCGACGUGGCCAAGCAUGGCAAGACAGAGCUCGUUGUCAGCAUGGCGGAGAAUAGUUGGUUCUUCCGGCGUGGCCAGGUUGGGGACUGGGAGAACUAUCUGUCGCGAGAGACGGCAGGUAGGAUAGACGCCAUUACCGAGGCCAGGUUCAAGGGUUCUGGCCUCCGUGUAUAGCCGGUCAUGGUGUAAUAUUGUUACUCAAUCAUUGUGCGUGCUGUGCUAGAUAUGUAACCUGGAAUAGUUAUGCAUGUGAAUUCAGUGAG